AUGGCUAAACCUCUUCUUUUUCUCCUUGAGAGGAAAACUAAGAGAAGCGACAAGGACACCAAAGCAUUAAAGACGCUGUCACUACUCUGGGCCCAUCUUUUCUGUGAGAUUACCCACUCCACACGUCUCAACAUCCUCACCCAGACUCACCCAAACCACAUCGGCCUACUCUCCCGUGCAGCAGAGAAACUUCCUGUUGGCGGCGAGGACCUUUUUGGAACAGAGUUCGUGAACGAACUCAUCUCCCAAGUCAAAACUGCUUCUUUGAUGAACAGUUCUACAGCGGGGCCAUCAGCUACUUCAACACCUGGAAAACGUAAACGUUCACCUCCCCCUCUACAAGACUCUCGCAAGGAUAGGAGUAACUACAGCUUCGACCGGUAUGUCAAACCUACCUUUAUUUCUAAAAUUGAUUUGCCAAUUGCCGGUCGCACUGCCCAUUUUGUUGAUGCAUGGGCCCAUUUGACUAAAGAUCCGUGGGUUUUAUCUACUGUUGAGUAUGGAUUUGAGCUAGAAUUUAUUGCCGAACCUCCCUUUCAACAUAGUAUACCGCCGAACGCAUCAAUGGAUGCCGUUCAGCUAGAUCUUUGUUCAACUGAGGUGGAGUCUCUCAUAAAAAAGGGUGCGGUAGUAGAGACAGAGGAGAAAGGGGGCUACGUCAGCCGAUACUUUCUUGUCCCAAAGAAAGGACCGAACGAAUGGAGGCCCAUCAUUAACUUAAAACCUUUAAAUCAGUUUCUUUCUUGCCGCCAUUUUAAAAUGGAAGGGAUUGCCACAGUUCGUCACACGGUGAGGCAGGGGGAUUUUUUGGCUAAAGUCGACCUUACUGACGCCUACUUUACUAUUCCGAUUUUUCGAGGCCAUCGGAAAUAUUUACGCUUUCGUUGGGGGCGUAAAACAUUCGAAUAUACAUGUCUACCUUUUGGUCUUUGUGCUUCACCUUGGGUUUUUACUAAACUAUUGAAAGUGGCCGUCACUUUUCUGCGUCGUUCCGGGAUCAGACUCGUUAUUUAUCUUGACGAUUUGCUGAUCGUGGGCACUACUACUCAAGAAUGCAGCGACGCAGUAGCACAAGUCAUUCAUGUUUUGGAAUCUUUGGGAUUCUUAAUCAACUUUAAUAAAUCUGAAAUAGUCCCCACGCAAUGCAUAGAGUACAUAGGGCUUAUCACCAAUUCCGUCUCCAUGUCGUUCUGCCUCACCGAUAAAAAGAUUUGCGACAUUCGUCGGUUAUGCACCGAAGUUUUAAAAAAGGGGAAAUGUUCUCUUCGUCAACUGGCAAAGAUAAUAGGGAACCUUAACUGGGCUUCUUAUGCAGUAAAUUUUGCACAAGCUCACUUUCGCAGUUUGCAGGCUACCCUCAUUUCAUCUUCUCGAGCCAAUAACGACAAUUUAGACGCCGUCAUUUAUUUGAAUGAAGACAUUCGUGCCGAUCUGAAGUGGUGGACCACUUCCGCCAAUUUUACCUCCGGCAAACCUCUACUUCUCUCACGUCCGGAUAUUCGCUUGUCCUCCGACGCUUGCCUCUCGGGCUGGGGGGCAGUUUGUCUCGACGUCAAGACGGGUGGGCCUUGGUCCGGUUCCGAAAUUGGUCGCCAUAUUAACAACCUAGAGAUCCUUGCUGCCCUUAAAGCCCUCGAAUGUUUCGCUUCUUCUCUCUCUAAAUGCACAAUAGAGAUCGAGAUCGACAACACCACAGCAGUUAGCUACAUUAACAAACUAGGCGGAUGCCAGUCAAAGGACCUUUGUGAAGUCUCCCUACGCAUUGCCAAUUUUUGUGAAGAGAGGAAAAUCUUUCUAACCGCCAUUUUUGUCCCCGGCACUGCGAAUGUUCUCGCGGACGCAGAAUCAAGACGCUCCCUCUCGGCGGGCGAUUGGAGACUCUCUCCAACAGCUUUCAUGUCCAUCUGCCUUCAGUGGCCAGUCCAAGUGGACCUUUUCGCGUCAGAAUGGAACCAUCAACUGCCACGGUUCGUCAGUUGGUUCCCACAACCCAAAUGCUGGAAGGUAGACGCGUUCAGCUUACCAUGGAAAGGGCUAGGCGCGUUUUGUUUUCCCCCGUUCAGCUUGAUUCCAUUCUGCCUGUCGAAACUGAUGAGAGAAGAGGCCGAGGCAAUUUUUGUCACCCCGUACUGGCCGAGCCAAUCAUGGUUCCCGAUCAUAAUGGACCUCGCCAUGGCCGUUCCGCGACUAUUACGUCCGUCGCCGGACCUUCUCACAUCUCCUCUGGGAGAGAGUCAUCCGCUUGUACAAGACGAUUCCAUCCGCCUGAUCGUCUGGAAACUCUCAGACUCCGCUUUACUGAGAGCGGAGUUUCAGAAGACGCUUCAGCCCUCAUCCUCUCCGCAACACGAAAAAAUACAAACGCUGCAUACCAGAGCGCUUGGAAUUUUUGGAGAAAUUGGUGCUACGAGGGAAAAGGAUCCCUUGUCUCCUAGCCCCGCAGAUAUAAUUAAUUUUUUGGCUGAAUAUAGCGUAGGAAGGAGCUACAGAACAGUCAAUGUCGCCCGCUCUGCUCUCUCUUCUACGCUUGCUGUAAACCCGGACCGUACUGCAGCGUUGCGCGAUACCACAAACUCCUCCUCUCUCUUGCUCAGCAGCAACAAACCCCAUGGCCCGGCCUCUGUAGCUACAAUCGGGCGUUGGAUUAAAGAACAGCUCAAAAUAGCCGGUAUCGACACGUCUAUCUUCUCAGCACACUCGGCUAGAGGGGCAGCAGCAUCCAAAGCGGUCUUAUCUGGUAUACCGAUUCAAACUGUCUUAGACGCCGGCCAUUGGGCCAGGGAGUCUACAUUCAAACAGUUCUACCACAGGGAGGUAUUUAAUGGACCAACCAACCUGAUCACUAGUUCCGUCCUUCAACCACCAUCAAUUUAA